AUGAGUGCUACGCGGGAUAAUCAUGUUUGGGUUCAAGUCCGACAAAUGGCUAAUUAUUAUGUGAAAUUAGGCGGAUUGAAAUACUUAAUGAGCCUUGAUUUUGAACUUUAUGAUAGUUAUUGGCUAAAAGAUACUAGUUAUUUUCGGCCUACAUGGGAAAAAAUUGCCGCCGAGAAAGAAGUUGAAAAAGCCAAAAAACAAGCCGAACGGGAAUUAGCGGAAUUAGCCGAAAAAAAUGCUCGGGGUAGACAAGGAAAAAAAUAUUUUUCAUUUCCUAGUGAAAUUAAAAAAGAAGAAGAUUUUUCUGCAACUAGUCAGCCUGUCGCGGCUAAUCCUCCUGCACCAGCCAAGAAAGAGGAAGCCAAACUCGUUCCCGAAGAAAAAUCAGCCCUUAAAAAAAAGUUUCCCAACCAUCGCAGGAGAACUUCCUCCUUGGACGAUUUUAUUUCUAAUUAUCUAAAAAAAGAGAAAGAAGGAAAUGAUGCAUAA